AUAGAUUUGUUUACUUGACGUUUGACAGUUGCCCGAGUUGGAGUGCGUGUGGUGUGGGGCGAGUGUGAAUUUGUCGUUCCUAAUCGAAUUCGAGAGCACAUUUCGCGAAUUUAGGCAUUUCGGGCGCGAACACGGCUAAUAGCAAGAAGUUACGAAGCUGUACGCGGUAUAGUACAACCCGCUACUUUCGAUGUUUGCUGGUUUAUUCUGGGAAGAGAUAGCGAGGGCGCGAAAAUAGUCGCAGAAAACACAAAUACAAUCGGAGGUUCGAAGGCAAAAAAAGUGCGAAAUGGAUAUUUUAACGCUUAUUAAGAAAUCGAAGAUUAUUGUCCUUUGUGUGGCGAUUUCAUACUUUACGUCUGGCCUUAUCAUCAAUUUCUUUCAAUUAUUGCUGCAUCUAUUUGUGAAGCCAUGGAGCAAAUGGCUGUACCGGCGCCUUAUGUACUAUCUGUGUUAUUCCUUCUAUUGUCAGUUAGUAUUCGUUACGGAUUGGUGGUCAAACAGCAAACUCUACGUUUAUGCAGAUGAGGAUGUUAUGAAGAAGUAUGCCGGUCAUGAGCACGUCUUACUUCUCAUGAACCACACGUAUGAAAUCGAUUGGUUGAUGGGUUGGGUACUGUGUGAGAAAGUUGGAGUACUUGGGAACUGUAAGGCCUACGCAAAGAAAGUGAUACAGUAUUUCCCGGCCGUUGGUUGGGCAUGGAAGUUUGCAGAAUUUGUGUUCUUAGAACGAUCAUAUGAAAAGGACAAGGAAAUCAUUGCCAGACAAUUGAAAGAAGUCUUCGAUUAUCCAGAUCCAGUUUGGAUCCUCUUGAAUGCUGAAGGCACUCGUUUCACCCCAGAAAAGCAUGAAGCCUCAGUUAAAUUCGCUAAAGAUCGCGGCAUGGUUCCAUUGAAAUAUCAUCUUAUCCCGAGAACAAAAGGAUUCACCACCAGCAUGCCAACAUUGAAAGGCAGAUGCGAUGCAGCUUAUGAUAUUACGUUAGUUUUCAAGAAGGAUGACCCAGUUAAGCCAACCGUUUCAAAUCUGCUAUUCGGCGAACCAGUGACGGGUUAUAUGCUUGUUCGACGAACGCCAAUCGAUUCAAUUCCUGAGGAGGAAGAAGGAGCUGCCGAAUGGCUUCACAAUCUAUUCCGAGAAAAAGACAAAAUCGUAGAUAGUUUCCAUACGCACGGAAAUUUCUUCACUGGAUCCGGGGUGAAGGAGGUUCCAUGCUUCCUACAGAAGCGUCGUGUCUAUCCGCUUAUUAACACUGUGGCUUGGAUGAUAAUUACACUUACUCCGAUAUUAUACUAUUUAUCACAUUUACUGUUUAGCGGAUCAAUAUUUUACUUUUCACUAGGAAUUGGAAUCUUAGCAAUAUUUUUCUUGUUGCUACAAAAAUCCAUUGGUAUGUCUAAAAUCAGCAAGGCAUCAAGCUAUGGCGCAAAAACCACUUCCAAAUGAAAUAUGAACGCAAGCACAAAUAUAGCAAUACAAAAUGAAAGCAUAAAAUUUCACAAUUACCAUUAAAAAUUGUUGAUUUCUUUUAUAUGAAGACAAGGCUAAAAUAAUAAUUAAGUGUAAUGUGCCGUAGGAGAGAAAUCGUUGUAAUUAGAAAUCUGAAUAUAUAUUCUAUGUAACUUAGGAGGUGUAGUGCAACGCAACAAAUAUAUUCUGUGUAAAUAAUUUGUAUUUGAGAAUACCAGUCGGAAUGCCCUACGCAAGGGCGGGAAACGAUGAAUGUUUCGGCUCAAAAGGACAAAGUUAGAUUUAUUUGUUGUGUUUCAGUUCAUUCAUUUCAUGUUAAAUUCCAUGUAAACAUCUAAUGGCUCAGCAAGCGGAGAAAACACAAAUUUUACUUCCAUUUUUUGAAAUUCUUUUACAUAGUUUACGAUAUACGAUUGUAGUUCGCUGCAAUUACGGAAAAUCUGAUUUUAUACCGUGUAAAUAAGUUGUGUUUUAAUAUUUAAUAUUUUGAGUAAUUUUAUAUUAGUUUCUUUUUGUAAGUGUUGAUUGCUUCCACGAUGUUAACUAUUCUGUAAAGAAAAUGUUGAAAUAAUUACAUCUAGGGCAAAAUGAAAAUAUAAUUUGGUGGAAAAUUGA